AUGGACGAACACUAUAUCAGUGAUAUUCAACUGGAAAUCAUGAAGUCCAAGAUUCUGGAUUGGGACCCACAACACUCGAGGAUUACAGGAACCAUUGGAUACAUACCCGAAAUUACUUUGGAGGAUGGAUGGAAUACUGAUGACGAUCUUGGAGGACUGUCAGCAGCCAUAGAUAAUUGUAAAAUCGUAGAGUCGAGCGGGAAUCAUGUCGAGGCAACUAAAGGACGACGAGGGAGGCCAAAAAAGCGAGUGGUGCAGCGCCGUGGCAAGCAGAUGCCAGGCGUUGCGAGCGCUCAGGAGGACACAUCAACUAUCGAUACUGUUCAGAAUGUGUCUGGAAAGCGUGUCAUUCGUGCUACCACAAGUCCAGUGCCUGACCAUAUCCCAGCACAAGUGGAUGUGGUGUACUGUGUUCCCAUUGAUGAAAUGAUAAGUAAUACACAUGAUUUAAUUCAAGAGGAUGAGGAGCAUGGGGAGGAGGGGAGCAUCAAUAUGCUACAGGAAAUUCUGAACUCUGGCAUCCUGGAUUGGAAUCCGCAGGAAGCAUGGACCGCAAAGAAUAACCCAGCUCAUCGGCAACAUACCGAUCCACAUUGCGAGGAACAAUCGACAGCGAUGGAAAGCUCCAGAAUAGCUGAGAAGGAGAAUGAUACACAAGAGAGCAAACCACGCAGGGCACGCGGACGACCAUCCAAGAAAGGGAUUUCAUGUCGCAGCACGCACAAGACAUUAACUUUCAAUCAUGAUAGAAGUGUCAGACAUAUCAUCCGGGCGACAAGUAAUCCAUGCCAGCAGGAAACUAUUGAUGGGGGUCACGGUGGUAUCAGCACUGUAGUCCCUGUCGAUACAUGCAAUGUGGACAACCAACCAGCAGAAGCCGAAUUCCCGAGUCUCAAUUUCAAUGGGGCGGAGAUGGAGAGCAGGGAAGUCAGGGAACAGCCAUCAACUCGACGUGCUCGCGGACGUCCUAAAAAAGGUGUUAGACAUACAGAAGUCAAUGCGCCCAGGACACAUGUAAUCCACGAAGUUUCUUCAAACAUCAUCCAACUACAAAAUGAGGAUGAUGCACACAAUAAGAAAACCCACGCCCCCACCGGCAACACGAGUUCAGGACACACUCGCCUGAAGCGCCUGCAGCCUACAUUGGCUGCACUUACUGAGCAGGAAAUCGCCUCUCGUGCAAUGGCGCAGCCGGGUGUCUGGCUGUCUGUGCUGCAUAGCUGGACGACCCUUGGAUUAAAUGAGUGGCUCGAAGCAGCAGUCGCAAAUUUUUACUUGUCUCAUGUGUGGUAUGAGAUGCUGGGCAGAACACACAUGAGAUAUGUGGACUGGAAUGCAGCGACAGCGAAUAACAUCGAGGAUGAAGAACUGGAGCACUUCCGGCGGAACCAUUUUGUGCCCCAUGACGGCACAUGUGCCAUGGCCCCUGUCGGAUUCAUAGUGCAUCAUUCCAACCAUUUCUUCGUGGUCAUAUUCGACUAUGAGCGACGCAUGGCGCACGUCUUGGGUCGCCAUAUUUCUGCGGAUUCAAUGGAUGUAGACGGAGAGGAUCCACAUGACUGGAACGAUUGGAGAGGUCCGGAAUAUUGGAGGAAAAUCGGAGCCCUUCAUGGAUGGAGCACAGGAGAUGUCUCAGACGUGUCCAUCAACCCAAUGGACUGGGAGCAAAAUGGGGUCGACUGUGGUCCCAUCGCUUGCUCCGUGCUGGCGCAAUGUCUGAAGCUGGGUUUGGAUGAGCAGGGCAACUUACCCGACUUUGAGAUCCAAUGCGGUCACAAACUGCGGGAUUCACAUGCUGCCCCACGAGAUGAUUGGAAAGACGACGAGCUACCCGACGAGGACAUCAUCAAUUCGAUCCAGAAUGGGCGAUACCAGGCUGAUUGCCUGAAGGUCCUGCGGAGGCUGACUGUUGUGAGCGCCACCUGCUCCAUGUGUCAACGCCCCAUCGUCCAUCAAGAUGGAGAGCAUGCCUCGUACAGUGGUGAGAAUGGAGAUAGCACCAAUGCUGAGCAAGAUGGUCCAGAUGCAGGAUCAAGUGAGGAUGAUGACGCCACGAAUAUGGUACAUGCAAUUGGCAAGGCGCACCUUGACAAGCUGUUCAAAGCAAACAAACACCUCGCUGGAUCUCGGAAUCGCAAUUCAAUAGUCCCUCGUGCCAUUGGAACACACCUUCAACUCGAGCCAGAAUUACCAUCGGUCGUCCAUGAUACCGAGGACUCUCAACGCACUGUAGCUGCCACAACAUCUCGGAGGCGAGUGAAAAACUGGUAUCUUGGAAGCAACAGACGAUUUCCACGUCCAACCGCACCAAUUCCAUUGGCUGCAUACGGAGGUAGGAGAUGGCUGCCAGACGACCAUGGAUUCGAUGAAUAUGAGGGCGGACCUACCAUUGAGAUGAUGCUGACUCCUAGGGAUAUCCAUACGACGAUGACAUUCCCUGCUGGGGGAUGCAGAUCUCCACCGCUUGGUUAG